AUGCAUUUCUUUUCUUACAAUGUGUUUGCCAUUCUAUCGAUAUUCUUGAUACAAGUGAGUAAAAUUGCUUGUGCAUCGUCAUCUUCUCAAAAUGCAAUUACAAUCAAUAAUUCAGUUAUUAGUAAUUCGUGGGAAAAUCUUGAAAUUGAAUCAACAAUUGAUUUAUUGAAAAGUUAUACAAAACAAUUGGUUCAGUUAAAGGUUAGAAAUAUUGGAUCUACAAAGAACUAUUUUUAUUAUUACCCAAUUGAAUCGAAUUUGUUGGAUAAAAUUGCGUUAUAUUCUGCGGUCAAACCAUUCAAUUUAAAAUCAAAGAAAAGUUUGCAAUCUUUUCAUGUUGAGAUUGAUUUUUUUUAUUUAAAGAUUUUCAUUGAUGGUGGUAUUAGUCCAAAUUCAAUUUUGAAUUUUUAUCUCCAAUUAACUUUUAUCAAUAAUUUGAAACCAUUCCCAGAGAAGAUUGAUCUUCAAGACGAUACGAAUAUUUUAUUCAAUUUAUUGAAAUAUCCUUAUUCGCCAUAUACCACCAAUAGUUACAAAUUUAAAAUCGUUGGAUUAGCCAAGGAAAAAGAAAUAAAAUUGAUUGGUAAGGAAGACGAAUAUUUGAAUAGUUUGGAAGAUUAUAAGAUUGGAAAUUCAAACGAAUUCAAGUACAAUAAAGAAAUCAAGCCUUUUACAUAUUACCCAACAUCAAUUUUGUAUGAGAGAAAGGCUCCGUUACCUUAUGUUUAUAAUUUAAAAAGAGAUUUAUGGGUUUCUCAUUAUGCAAAUUCGCUAUCAGUGGAAGAAUACUAUGAGUUAACUAAUAAAGCACAUGAGUUGAAAAAAGGAUUUUCAAGAUUAGAAUACAUUAAAAGCAGAUUGACAAUGACGCCAUCCUUUGUUUUAAUUGCAUUAGAUGUGGUGCUACCGAAAGAUUUUGAUGGAGCUUAUUAUUAUGAUAAAGUCGGUAAUGUUUCAACCUCAAGAAUAGUUAAGGACAACCAUUUAAUUUUGAGACCAAGAUAUCCAUUGUUUGGAAACUGGAAUUAUAACUUCACCAUUGGCUGGUCUUUGAAACUAAAAGAUUAUGUUAGAAGAACUAACUUGGUUAAUUCUAAUGACGAGUAUAUUUUGAAGUACAAUCUAUUAGACGGACCAAGCGAUUGUUCAGUCGAGAAGAUGGAGCUUUCGAUUUAUUUACCAGAAAACAGCAAAAUCAUAGAUAUCCAAUCUCCUAUACCAUACACAAGCUUGGUCAAUUCAACAGAAAACUCAUUUUUGGACUUCAAGGGACACCAGAAAUACACAUUGGUGUACAACAACUUGAUCGACGAAUUCAGAAGCUCCCAGAUCAUAGUCAAAUACAAAUAUGAUGUUAACAGCUAUUUGCUAAAGCCCUUUUUGAUCGGGCUAUAUCUCUUUGCUGGAUUGAUCCUAUUCAGAGUUUUUUCUAAAUAG